GGAAUAAUGAAAUAAUUCACAGACUGUCACAGACAUGGACCGCUUGUUUUGUUUCUCGCUCUUGCUCACAUACCUGCCAGUAACAGAGAGUACGGAGGGCUGCUUAUCCCAGACAAACAAGAUGAUCUGGCGGAAAACAGGCCAGAGUGUUUUUCUCAAAUGUAGCCUCAGUUCAAAUUGCUUAGCCAAGGGCUUGCAGUUUGAGUGGUUUGCUUUCAAGGAAAACGUCCAUCUUCCUCUCAACGUGAUUAAGAAUCCUCACAAGUACAGCCUGGACAAAGCCUCUUUAAACAUCAAGUCACUUCAGACAAAUGAGAGCGGGAUCUACUACUGUGCAGUAUUUUCUGGAUACAAAGCACCGGGCACACCAUAUGUAGCGUUGGGCACCACUCUUGUGGUGACGAAAUACAUUAGUCCACUAGUGAGGCACAUUCUUCUUUGGUUAUCAUUUGCCCUCUUGGCCACCUACAGCUUGGCAAUAGUGACACUUAUUCUAAAGAAGUGUGGCUGCAAAACGGGCGUCUGCAGAAAGAGGGGGGAAACAGAUAAGACUCCCGUAGAGAAACAUUCUUUUAAAAGAACACACUUCCGGGAUGUCCUGCAAGAAAUGUACAGCAAAAGGAAUUUGGAGAAAGGCAUUAAAGCUGAGAACAAAAAACGCUCUCAAGCGGAGGCUCCAAGCACCGAGUUCAACAACUCAACUGAUGACAUCUAUCAAAACGUCUAAGUGUCAUUGAUGUAAAUGACCUCCAACAUCCAGACUGAGAGGAAAUUCCACAGCCGUUAAAUACUUGGCACAGGAUGCCGUGAAGAGACACAGGAAAUUAACAAAUCAAAGGCUGUAAGUUAGUCGAGUGCUUGUUCAGACUUUUCUCGCGAAGGGAAACACAACAACCACAACGAAGAGCGUCAGUUUUUCAGUUUCAUUCCCUGUGAAAAGAAACAAAAGAAAA